AACGAGCGGGCACCGCCAUGGGAGCCGAGCAGAGCGCCGAGGCCGAGAGCCGGCCGGGGGAGCCCAGCGCAGCAGCCAAGCAACGCGCAAAAAUGGAUGACAUCGUGGUGGUAGCCCCAGGAACACAAUCCUCACGGAAUGUCAGCAAUGAUCCAGAUGUCAUAAAACUGCAGGAAAUUCCAACUUUCCAGCCCCUUUUGAAAGGGCUCCUCAGUGGGCAGACCUCUCCCACCACCACCAGGCUGGAGAAGCUGGAGCCGCAGCAGGUGCUGCAGCUGUGCCUGCGUUACCAGGACCAUCUCCACCAGUGCGCCGAGGCCGUCGCCUUCGAUCAGAACGCGCUCGUCAAGCGCAUCAAGGAGAUGGACCUCUCUGUGGAAACCCUCUACAGCUUCAUGCAGGAGCGCCAGAAGAAGUACGCCAAGUACGCGGAGCAGAUCCAGAAGGUCAACGAGAUGUCGGCCAUCCUCCGCCGGAUCCAGAUGGGCAUCGACCAGACGGUGCCGCUGAUGGAGCGGCUGAACAGCAUGCUGCCCGAGAGCGAGCGGCUGGAGCCCUUCAGCAUGAAACCUGAGCGCGAGCUGAAGGCUUAGCUGACCCAGCAGGCUGCCCCUCUCCAUCCCAUGUGCUCCAGAGUCCGGCACAGAUUGCUCCCGACAGGCCGCGCUGGCAGGUGU